AUGGUGGUGUUUGUCGACCUCGACGAUGCAUUUGCUGACGGAUCGGCACACUUGGAGAAGCCAUUCCCUUUGAUGGACCCCAUCGCGUCGGACCCGGCCGAAUUACCCACAUCACCUUCUUCGCCGAAUAAAACGACCGAUGAGAUCGUAAACCCCAAUCGGAAUGGAUUCUCAGCGGCUUUGAGCUGUUAUCCCAUCGUCAAAGAAAUCGCUCGCGCCAUCGACCUGAAUACCCUCUAUGCCCUAUCGAGCACAUGUCGCCAGUUCCACGUGAACUUGGCACCGUUCCGCCACCAAAUAGUGAGAGAGACUCUCCGAUGCGAGAACGAAUACAUCGAAACCCUGAGCAGAGAUGCUAGACAGCGGCUCUGUCCUCCCAGACAGCGUCAAAUCAGUCAUACGACUCCUAAGCCGUCCCAGCGGCGAGCAAACCCGUAUGACCCGCGGGAAGCUCUGAAAAACCGCAUCCGCCGUCUCUGCCGGCCCUGCGGCAAAGCGCCACUCUCUUCCCACCUCUCCUACACAACCUCAGACCCGCACGCCCCCGACCGGUGGGACGAGAAUAGCGUCGCGGCUGUUGCGUUCGCGCGCAGCCCCUGUAAUUGCGAGGAAGCCGUCUGGCUGUGCACGCAGUGUGGAAUGGCUCUGCGCAGUAAUGAUACGACAUACCGUCGUGUCUGGACAUGGCGCACGCGCUACAGCACGUACCUCGGCGGCGGGCUAGGUACUGGCAUUGGUGAAGGCUGCCAGGGCGUUAAGUGCGGGCGUGGCGAGAGCUGUCUUGCUGCGCAGGAGAUUGAGCUUGAGGUUGACUGUGAGGCUGAUGAGGGGUCUGGGUCUGGGAGUGAUACAAGCCGCACUGCAAGUCCAGCUCCUCCGUCGUUUGGUCACGAGGGGGCAGGUGUCCCGACAGAUAGCCAUGAUGAUGAGGAGCCUGGGUAUUUUAGGCAGGAAGUUAUUGGGUUGGGUGGUGUUGUUAAGCACAAGUCUAAGAAGAGGGUUAAUGUUGGUGCUUGUGUUGUUGAGUAUGAGGAUGAGAGGGAGACGGGGAAUUAUCUUGAGAGAGAGGAGAAAGGUUUGUAUCGUGGUUGGUGUGGGUGGUGUUCUAGAGUGAUUCCGGCGAAGAGCGAGCAGACUUGA